UUCCUAAAUUUAGAUCUUUAGCUGGUUUGAGUUGUUUCUUGUGCUUUUUGAGGCAUUGGACAUCUAAGCUAUUUUCUCUGUUACGUAUAUUGUACUUUUGCCAAUUUAAGACGUUUCUUAAAUAGAAAAGUGGAUCCUUUUAAGUAUUUCCCUUUUUUUAUAGAUAAUUAUUAUCAUUCAUUCCUCUGUCAAUUCUCUCUCUCUCUCUGUUUUUCCCGGAAAAUCUCUUUUGCCCUUGCUGUGUUCUCAAGGCAAAGAGAAGUGUUCUUUACUUCUUUUAUUGCUACUGUGUUCACUUUGAUUUUUUGAAGAACAAGAAUGUUGAUUGCUACUGAAACAGAGCAAAUCACAUUGCCUUUGAAUGAUGUUAAGGAGUCUUUAGCAUCAUCUUCUCCGGUGGGAUCAAAUCCUGAUUCCUUUAAUGGGUUGCCUCCGGUAUCGGAUUUACCGGAUUCUCCGUCGCUUUCCACCAGUUUUUGUGAUGUCAAUGUGGUUCCUGAGCAUGAAAAAUCCCAGCUUAAGCAGUGCAUACAGAAAUUGCAAGGAGAAAUUGAUGAAUUGAGAUCAAUGCAAAGGUCAGUAGAUGAGAAAAGAAGAGAAAUGUUGAAUAAAAUGUUAGACAUCAAAGGCACCAUACGAGUAUUCUGUCGAGUAAGGCCUUUCCUUUGGACAGGCAAGAGAAUAACCCCGGAACCUGUUUUGAGUGAACUCGAUCGGGUUGUCGUUAGAUCAUGUGGGAGUAAAAAAGAGUUUGGAUUCGAUAAAGUUUUCCAUCAAGAAGCUAAUCAAGAAGAUGUAUUUGUUGAGGUUGAACCAAUCCUUAGAUCUGCACUUGAUGGGCACAAUGUAUGCGUUUUUGCCUAUGGUCAAACUGGUACUGGGAAGACUUUUACAAUGGAUGGCACGAUGGAUCAACCGGGAAUCAUUCCUCGAGCUUUAAAAGAGCUUUUCCAGCAAGUGUCUUCUGACAAGUCAUCUUCUUUUACUUUUUCUAUGAGUAUGUUGGAGGUUUACUUGGGGAAUCUAAGAGAUCUACUAGCUUCAAAGCCCGCUUCACGAGCAAUCGAGACCAUAGCCAAAUGUAAUCUAAACAUUCAAACAGAUCCAAAGGGGUCAGUAGAAAUUGAGGGUCUGACACAGGUUGAAAUACCAGAUUGCAAAGCAAGAUGGUGGUACGCAAAGGGAAGGCGAGCUCGGUCGACAUCGUGGACCAAUGUGAACGAGACAUCCAGCAGGUCACACUGCUUAAUAAGGAUCGUCAUUUCUCGACGGGGAGAUGCUCCGGAUGCUAAACCGAAAGUAAGCAAAUUAUGGAUGAUUGAUCUCGGAGGGAGCGAACGAUUACUCAAAACUGGAGCCACCGGACAUACCCUUGAUGAAGGAAGGGCCAUAAAUCUUUCACUUUCUGCUUUAGGUGAUGUUAUUGCAGCUCUAAGAAGGAAGAGGGGACAUGUGCCUUACAGAAAUAGCAAGCUAACUCAAAUCCUCAAAGAUUCCCUAGGUGUCGGUUCGAAAGUUUUGAUGCUCGUUCACAUAAGUCCGUGUCAUGACGAUCUCGAGGAAACCAUAUGUUCUUUGAGCUUUGCAAAGAGGGCCAAAGCAGUUGAUUCCAAUAGAAGACUGCCAGAGGACUUGAAGAAGCUAAGAGAAAAAAGGAUAUCGGAGCUCGAAGAGAACAUGAGGGAAGCCGAAGAAGGAUGUCGAAAACUCGCAAAUCAAAUAAGUAAGGCCGGUUUCUUAUUAAGCGAAAACCAAAAACUUUAUGCAACUGCUUAUGGGAUACCAGACAAGAGUGUGGAAAAGAAUCCCGAAAACGGUCAAGAUGCAAAAAUUCAAGUUGUUGAAACACCUAGAGUAACUAAGAAACCAAUUCAACAAAGUAUUCAUCGGUCCCUCCCUCGGUUCAUGACGUCUACUGUGGCUAGUCGAGAAAGGCAAAUUGCAGCGGAAAGAGAUAUCAUCACAAGGGCAAGAACCUUGAGACCAGGAACCAGAACUUCAAUGCAGGUCCCGGGUUUUCAAUCCCUUAGCUUUUCGGACAAUCGUAUUCAAUCACUUUUACGACACUCAACAAAGAGUUCCCGGUUCAAAGACACGAAUGGUCAAGCCAUAGAGAGUCCGAAAUGCAACGAAUUGGCACCCUCGAAGCUGACUUCGUCACCAAGAAGCAAGGUGGUCGCAUCAUCUGAUCCCAACCUAAGAGUUAAACUUGGCCAUCAUAGGAGAAGGAUGUCUGAUUUUGUCUAACAAUUAACAGUUAAAACUGAAACGUGUGGGAUGCUAUUUUUUUUUAUCUUUUGAUUUGAUUCUAUUGCUUUUCAUGUUUUUGACAGGAAAAAAAAGAGGGUUUGUGAGUGAGGUGUUCCACCACCAUAUAUUUUUAUAUUAAGGGUGGUUUGAAGGGUUGUGGGAAGGAUCUGUAAAUUAGUAAAAUAUUAUUUACAAGAUCCCUGUAUGUAUUGAAAUGGUUUGUUUUAAUAUUUUGAGCUUUACUGCUAAA